GACCUCCAAAGGUCAACGAUGCCCCUCCUCAGGGGAGGAAAUUAUUUAAAGGGGAGCAAACUCAAGGGCAGACUACUCCAGUUGGACGGCGGCUUAAGGAUAUCCUCCUGCAGUUAAUUCAUCUGCACCAUGCUGCUUCUUGUUGCUCUGUGUUCAGUGGUUCUUGUUCAAGGCUUUGAUACUCCUCAGUGCAUUGCCAAGAACUGCCGUUCUGGAACUUUUUGUCGCCACGUGGUUGAUGCGACAACUGGUGUACAGUCACCAAAAUGUCUGAAGGGAGGCUACUGUCCCCAACCCCAGCUAUGGGAGGCUAUUCGCGUCAAGCAGUGUCAGAGGCAGUGUGAGGAGGACACCGACUGUCCAGGGGGACAAAUCUGCUGCAAGGACUUUCUUGGCUGCGGAAGAAUGUGCCGCGACCCUCUUCCUGAAUACACCUGUGAUCACCUGAAAUGUAAGGACGAUGAGAUGUGCAUCAUGAAGGAAAAUCAGUGCUCCAGGCCAGUUUGCUUUCCGACGCCAACAUGCAUCAAGAGCACUUGCAGCCCCCCAUGUGGAACAGGUCUCAAGUGUGAGAUGGAUGUUGAUCCCACUUGCAAGAAGUCGUCCUGCCAACAGGUACCUCGGUGUCUGCCCAAAGAGCCAAUAUGCUCUCCGCCCUGUGCCGCCGGCCACUCGUGUGUGAUGAAGGAACCAGCGGGCUGUCCCUCCCCCUUCUGUCGCAAGGUGCCCCAGUGCCGAGCCCAGUGCCUUGCCUACCCUGGGGGCAUCAACCAGAGCAACUGCAUCGUGUCCGACUCUUGCUCCCCGACCCCGGGGGUUGGGCAGGCUCAAUGCGAGCGUGGUGAUGUGUGUUGUCAGACCAUCUGUGGUUUUCGGUGUCUUCCGCCACAGUCACUGUGAAGAUUUCCUCUUGAUACCCAGGCCAAGGUCUCCACGGUGUGAUCCGGAACACCCAGGCCUGCAUUUCUAUGUUAUACAUCAGCCAUACUAACCUCCACCUCAUGGACUGAAUCUUUAGGGAAUCUCAUAAUGUUCAGUCUAAAGUUUCUUUACCACUUAAUUUCAGUCUCGUUCUACCCGUACCCCGCCAAUGAUGUGAACUCAUAAAGGGACAUCAGUUCGUAGUGUGAUGGCACAGAUCACUCAUCAAUCAAAGUUUGCCAGUUUGAAGGGUGGUGUGAUUUUUCUUGCCUGAGGUCGUCCCUGCAGAGAACAAAAGGACAGUUUGGGUCUUCCAUGGGCAGCUCAGAAUAUUGUUAACUUGUCGUCUGCACAACGUGUUUCCAAUAAGAACUGCCAUUGGGAGACUAAAGAUGUCCUUAAGGUCUCUCUCAAUAAUGAUGUAGUGAACACUACAGACAUCAGAGGCGCACCACCAUCAUUCGCAUAUAUUCUUCUGAUGUUUAUAAUUGUAUCUUUAGAACAAAUGAAUAAAAAAAAGUCAGAAAACAUU